AUGUAUGAUGUUAGACAUGGUAUCCUUGGAUCCGUCUUGUUGAAAAUGAUAGAUAGUGAUGUGUUGGCUAGAAAUGGUACUGUGAAUAGAUUUGUUGAAUAUGUUGAGAUUGGGGUAGAUUAUAAUGAAGUGGAGCACUACUACACAUAUAAUAAAGAUGAUGAUAUUGAAGGACAUGAUGAUGAAGAUAAUAAAGAUGAUGGGGAUAAUAAAGAUGAUGAUGUCGAGUUUGAUGGUUGUUUCGUUGAAUUUUAUGAAUAA